AAAGAACAUAAAUCAAUAAUCUAAAUAAAAUCAAACAUUUGUUUCUCUCUGAAACUUCAACUCUCCACUUUCCCAUUUUCAUACUCCACAUCAGUAACGAACAGAAUCCGAUCUAGGGUUCCUCACUUUCUCACUCCACAACAACCAUCUCACUCUCAUGGACAAGUCUAAGCUAGCUCAAUUCGGCGAGAGGCUCAAAACCGGUGGGGCCCAGAUGGGUCGAAUCGUAAGCGGCAAAAUGAAGGAAAUACUCCAAACUCCGACGCCGGAAUCAAAGAUGGUCGAGGAAGCAACAUCAGAGACGUUGGAAGAACCAAAUUGGGGAAUGAAUCUGAGAAUAUGCGGUCUAAUAAACGCGGAAGAGUUUAACGGUUCGGAAGUUGUGAAGGGUAUAAAGAGGAGGAUUAAUCACAAGAACCCUGUUGUUCAGAAGCAUAGCCUUGAGUUGUUGGAAACUUGUGCUAUGAAUUGUGAAAAGGUUUUUUCUGAAAUUGCUUCUGAGAAGCUUUUAGAUGAUAUGGUUAGGUUGUUUGAUAAUCAACAGGCUGAUCAGCAAAAUAGAACAAGGGCUUUUCAGCUUAUUAGGGCAUGGGGUCAGUCUGAAGAUCUUGCUUAUCUUCCUGUUUUCGCUCAAACUUAUACGAGUUUGAAAGGAAGGGGUGAAUCACUUGACAUGACGGGAGGAAACUCACCACCUAUUCCAUAUGCCUCAGAGUCACAUAAUUAUCAACACCCUUUAGACCCCCCUGAAAGAUACCCAAUUCCAGAAGCAGGGCUACAUGCUCUUGCUCUGGAUGACUCAGCAGCUUUCUUUACUGAUCACCAACCUGUAUCAGUGGAAGAGAAGAAAGAGCAUCUUGUGGUUGCUCGAAACAGUCUUGAAUUGCUCUCUAGCAUAUUAAGUUCUGAGGCAGAGCCAAAACCUUUGAAGGAAGAUAUAACUUUGAGUCUGCUGGAUAAGUGCAAGCAAUCACUCUCUGUUAUUAAGGAGAUUGUGGAAAGCACCACAAAUGAUGAAGAAACACUUUUUGAGGCUUUAUAUCUCAAUGACGAGCUGCAGCAGUUGGUUUCUAAGUAUGAAGAGUUGGAAGCUUCUCAAAGUUCAGGGGCACAACUAACACAAAAUGCUGACACUGCCAAGCAUGAUGCCGAAGCUGUUCAAAACCCCAAUGAAAGAUGUGAAGGUGAUGAAUCUGAAGAGUUGGAAGCUGCUCAGAGUCUUGAUCGAAAACUGCCGAAAAAGUCAAACACUCUUGAAGUGGAUGGCAAUGCAACCAAGGGGGAUGGUCAUGUUGAAACCAAAAUAGUGGAUAGCACUGAAGAGAAGAACGGGGAAUCUAGCUUGAAGAGUAAUACUACCGAAUAAGAAAAUUGAAGGUUGCAUGUUUCAUUGUUUCUUCUAGCAUUGUAAUUUGUUAUUGUCCAUAUCGUGUAGGCAUGUAUUAUUUAUAAAUUAUAACCUAUAGUUCCUUCUACAAGGGUGAUUAUAUCCCGAGGAUUGUGACAUUUAAUCCUUGUGAGAUCAUGGUAGUUCAUCAUAAUGUUAAUGUGAUUUUUUCUUGUAAAAGCUCUCACUUUGUUCGUCUUCAGAUUAAUAAGGCCUGUUUAGUGAUGGAGUACUC